AUGAAGUUAUACCGUGAUGAUUGUUCGUCGGCUCUUUGUCGUCUGGAUGGAUGGACUUGUGUGUUUGCUCGGAUCAUAUCGGCUGAACCUCUGGAAGUAGAAGAUGGGACAGGUCGGCUUUUAUUAAACAGAAUUGCUGAAGAUGUAUCUACUGAGGAUGUUCACUCCGAUGAUUAUUGCUAUCUACUGCUAGAUACCACUGUUCGACCGAUUCGAUGCAUCCGUAUCACUGUUGUACCAGUUGAAAUUGCGCCGCUUGCUCACUACCAGCUGAAGCUUGUUCGUGAUUUGGAAGAAAAGCAGUUUAGUUUGCCACUGUAG